AUGAAAGGUAAUUACCACAUAGACAAGCAAAACAACAAGAAGAAAAAACCCCACCCUACCAUGAAAAACAACAAAUACAAAGCAAUCCCAGUCUGCAAGCUUAAAAAAACCCCUGAUCUCCCAAGAGUUGGCGAAUUCAAAAAGAAGCUGCUUGAAGAGCUCAAAAGAAAAAAGCCGACUGAAGAGAGAGAAAGACAAAUCCAGGCUUUAUCCAGCAGCCAAGAAGCAUCAAGACACCAAAGCUUACUUGACAAAGUGAUCGAGGCUCAAUCAAAAGCCCAGCUUUAUACCAGCAAAGAAGAGGAAGAAGAGGUCAAGACCUACACAGACCACUCCAUGAAAUCCUACCACAAAGACAUCACCCAAGUCAUUGAAUCCUCUGAUAUUAUCCUUGAAGUCUUAGACGCCCGAGACCCACUUGGCUGUCGAAGCAUAGAGCUUGAGAAUAAGGUCCUGUCUUUCGGGCACAAGAAAAUUAUCAUAGUGCUCAAUAAAAUCGAUCUUGUCCCUGGAGACGUAGCUUUGGGCUGGUAUAAUCAUUUAAGCCAAUAUCUGCCAGUUGUGCUUUUUAGAUGCAAUACACAAAAUCAGCAAAAAGGUUUGAGUUCGUCAAAUUUACACAGAAAAAACGUAAACACAGAGCUAGCCAAUGAUAUUCUUGACUCAAAAAAGACUGUGGGCUCUGAAGCUUUGAUGGGAUUGAUUAAAAACUAUAUGAGAAGCGGAAAUGUUAUGACAGCAGUCACCAUUGGAGUGGCUGGAUACCCAAAUGUAGGAAAAAGCAGCUUGAUUAACAGUCUAAAAAGAACCAAAGUGGUAGGAGUCUCAAGCACCCCUGGUUUUACAACAGGAGUCCAAGAGGUGGAAAUUGAAAGCAAAAUUAAAAUUUUGGACUGUCCUGGAGUUGUCUUUGCGAAAAGUGAUGGGAGAGAAAACCCAGAAAUGGUUCUAAGAAAUGUGAUUAAUAUAGAAAGCGUAGAAGAUCCUAUCACUCCAGUUCAAGCUAUUCUGCAGAAAGUGGCUCCAGAUCAAUUGAUGAAUUAUUAUAAAAUCCCUCAAUUUCAAGAAGGAAUUGAGUUUCUGGCUCACAUCGCUAGGGCGAGAGGAAAGAUGAAGAAAGGAGGGAUCCCUGACCUUGAUGCUUCGGCCAAGAUAGUGCUUCAUGAUUGGGUGGCUGGUAAAAUUUCAUAUUAUACUCUUCCGCCUGAUUCUUUAAGUAUGAGUCUCGAAUAA